GUUUUUUUUUCCUGAGGGAACAAAGAUAACUAACUGCCUUACUAUUCCAUUGUGAGGAUCAGUGUGAUUAGCCAAUUGUGAUUACUGUAAUACUUUAGGGGUUAGGGAGGAGGAAGUUGCUUUGAAGUCUUGUAAUGAACAAGUGUACCCCAGUGCUAUUUCCUAGUAUCGCCAAUAGCUUCAGGCCUUAUUUAGGCACCUUGCUUAGUCAUUUGAAAAUUCAUUGUUUAAUGAUGGGUUUCAACAUUUAGGUCUCUUGCCUUUGCCUAAUAUUUACACUGACGAUAGUGUGACUAUAGCAUUGUUUUUCUAAACCCGGUCCUUUCUGUGUUAAAAGGAGACAGGCCACAAACUGCAUUUCUAAUUGUAUAAUGCAGAAUAGGAAGAAUUACUUAUGACAGCAUAUGUUGGCAUGUAGACAUGAUGAAUGCUUUUUUUUUUUGACAUUUGAACCUCUGCUAGGCUGUAAAGGUUUUUAGAGCAAUGUAUUUUUUUUAGUGUGUGUGUGUGUGUGUGUGUGUGUGUUUGUGUGUGUGUAACCUACCAUUUAUCUGGGGUUUACUGUGUGCUUGAGCUCUUGCUGUGUUUUUAAUGGGCACCUUAAAGUUACAACACCCAAAUGAGUACCCGGCUUUAUUACUUGCUCAUUGUCUUGUGAGAAAAUCAGGAUGCGUGCUACAUUUAGUUCAAAGCCUCCUACCCUUGUUCCUUGCACCAGUGCAACAGACCCAUAGAAGAUACUAAAUAGUUGCUUUUGAAUAACGAGGAAUAAGGGCAAGAGCUUGAGGAAGACACAGCAUACAAGGAACCGAUGAGAACAAUACCAGGGAUUAGGCUGCAGGAUUAGUUCUGCUAGAGACAUGGAUCUGGUACCAGUGUUGCCCAAGAACUUGGAUUAAUUGGGAGUGACAGAAGGAAGCUUUCCCUGAAGAAGUGGACUUGGAGAUGACAGCUAACUAUUGAAUUGGAGUUGACUAGAAAAUAAAGAUUCAAUAUACAUCCCAGGCUGGCAAGAAACAAAAAACAGUUUGAUAGGUCUGAAUUAAACUUGCAAGAGUGAUAGGCAAGCUGGCAGAACUGGGUCCGAGUUAUUAAAGGACUGUGGUAUAAACUAAACAGUUGGAAUUUUAUUUUGAAAGCUAUCAGAGAACAAGAAACUUCAGAAUAAUGGCAGGAUUGCACUUUUGUUUGGAGAAUAUUGAACUGGCAACCUCUAGGCUUCUAGUAAAUUACCCAGAGCCCUUUCGUUCUGAAAUACUGGAUUAUCUCUUUAAGCCAAACUUUGGUGCCUCUUUGCAUAUUUUAAAAGUGGAAAUCGGUGGUGAUGGGCAAACGACAGAUGGCACUGAACCAUCCCAUAUGCACUAUGAACUAGAUGAGAAUUAUUUCCGAGGCUAUGAGUGGUGGUUGAUGAAGGAAGCCAAGAAGAGGAACCCUAAUAUUAUACUCAUGGGGUUGCCGUGGUCAUUUCCCGGAUGGCUGGGCAAAGGUUUCAGCUGGCCUUAUGUAAAUCUUCCGCUGACUGCCUUCUAUAUCGUGAGAUGGAUUUUGGGUGCUAAGCAUUAUCAUGACCUGGACAUUGACUAUAUUGGGAUUUGGAAUGAAAGGCCAUUUGAUGCCAACUAUAUAAAGGAAUUAAGAAAAAUGCUGGACUACCAUGGUCUGCAGCGAGUGAAAAUCAUAGCAAGUGAUAAUCUCUGGGAGCCGAUUUCUUCUUCCAUGCUGUUUGACCGUGACCUCUGGAAGGUGGUUGAUGUUAUAGGAGCGCAUUAUCCCGGAACCCGGACAGUGUGGAAUGCAAGGAUGACAGGGAAGAAGCUUUGGUCGUCGGAAGAUUUUAGCACCUUCAACAAUGAUGUUGGUGCAGGCUGCUGGGGCCGCAUAUUGAAUCAGAACUAUAUCAAUGGCAAUAUGACCUCCACAAUUGCUUGGAAUUUGGUGGCUAGUUACUAUGAGGAAUUGCCUUAUGGGCGAAGUGGAUUGAUGACAGCCCAGGAGCCAUGGAGUGGGCAUUAUGUGGUAGAAGCUCCUAUCUGGAUAUCAGCUCAUACAACUCAGUUUACUCAACCAGGCUGGUAUUACCUGAAGACAGUUGGCCAUCUAGAGAAGGGAGGAAGCUAUGUAGCUCUGACAGAUGGCUUGGGGAACCUCACCAUCAUCAUCGAAACCAUGAGUCACAAACACUCCAUGUGUAUACGGCCAUAUCUACCGUAUUAUAAUGUCUCACGCCAGCUGGCCACCUUCACUCUCAAGGGAUCUUUGAGAGAAAUACAAGAGCUCCAGGUGUGGUAUACCAAGCUCAGAGGACCAUCGGAGAGGCUUCAUUUCAAACAACUGGACUCUCUAUGGCUCCUGGACAGCGGUGGCAGUUUUGCCUUGGAACUGCAGGAGGACGAGCUGGUGACACUCACCACUCUGACCACAGGCCACAAAGGCAGCUACCCUCCGCCUCCCAAGUCGCGGCCCUUCCCGAGAAGCUAUAAGGAUGAUUUCAACGUUGAUUACCCAUUUUUUAGCGAAGCUCCGAACUUUGCUGAUCAGACCGGCGUGUUUGAGUACUACAUAAAUAACGAAGACCCCGGACCGCAUCGCUUCACACUGCGCCAAGUUCUCAAUCAACGACCUAUCACCUGGGCUGCGGACGCUUCCAGCACCAUCAGCAUUAUAGGCGAUUACCACUGGACCAACAUGACUGUGCAGUGUGAUGUCUACAUAGAGACCCCUCAGAGAGGGGGCGUGUUCAUCGCUGGAAGGGUGACCAAAGGGGGUAUUUUGGUGAGGACGGCUACAGGAGUUUUCUUCUGGAUUUUCGCAAACGGAUCUUACAGAGUCACAGCUGACCUGGGUGGAUGGAUCACAUAUACUUCAGGACGCGCUGACAUUACAGCGAAAAGAUGGUAUACACUCCGCCUAAGCAUUAAGGGUUAUUUCGCCUCUGGCGUGUUGAACGGCAAGGUCCUGUGGGAAAACAUCCCUGUGAAAUACUCAGGGAACGGCUGGGCUGCGAUUGGAACGCACACCUUCGAGUUUGCGCAGUUUGACAACUUUCACGUGGAAGCAGCUCACUAGUACUCACAGGGCCUCGAGACGCUAUUUGGAUUUUCUAUUUUUGAUUUAGAUUCAGGGCCACUUUUGAUGGACCUAUAUGUGAGCCUUUGAGGCUAGCAAUAAUGAAGAGUAUGUAGGGAAGAUGGCACACGGUUGCCAGAUCCUGUGAAAGAUUUAAUUAGAACGAAUUCCGGAAGGAAUGCGGAUGUCUUUGGCAUUGCCUGCGGUAGCCUUAACACUGUUGGUCCCAUCCUUCAGGAGUGGUUUGGGUGGUACCUGCCUUGUAGUCUUGGCGCUGAUACCUUGGUAGCUCUCUCCAUACUGUUUGUAAAUGAUCAUGCAGAUGGCCGGGACCUGAGGACCACAGGUGGUUUGUGUCUAAGUGAGUGGAGGCAUCCUUAGAAGAUGCUGAUGCUUAAGAGGAGGCUGAUGAACACUCAGUGCACACUUUAACAUGCUGUCCUCUCUCUCUCAGAAACACACACACACACACCCUCUCUCCCUCACGUGCCCCUCUCCCUCCCUCCUCCCUCCUUCUCUCUCUGCCUUCCUCCCCCCAUAAUGGAAUUGGUGGGAUGAUUUGAAAAAAUACCUCAUUAAUAAACUAACUCCAAAGCCAUUUUUGCAGUAAUAAAAGUAAUCAGAGUAAACUGGGUUGUUUGUAUUCCUUCAUUAUCUACUUCUGGCUUUUGGCUCUCAUCACCCUUAUAACUGUCUUGAGAAUUUCCCCCUCAUCUCUUCUGCCCUUUACAGUAUGUCCUCACAGGUGCCUCCGGAAACAGCCGAGCACUAACGAAUGCCCUCACCUCUCUCUGUGUGGCAGGAGGGUACACUUAGCCUUUUACUAGCUUACUAAAUUGGGUCAUGUCCUAGUGUUUUUAUGGAUAGGUGCACUUAGUAUGUUCCUACUGUUUAUAUUUAAGUGUUGGUAAGCAUUAAUGUAACUCUUAGAACCAAAUCAGUUUUUCAUGUGGAUAAAGAGAACUCGGGAAUUCUUUAUAAGGAAAAAUUACUCAUUGAAUUAAUUCCACGACAUGGGACUUUGUGUCAGUCUCACACUGGUAGAACUAGAAGGAGGUUUUGUGUUGCUUUUAAAAACUUGAAGAUAAUUGCCAGUAUAAUUC